AUGUUGUUGCAGUGGAUGGGGAUUCGGACGAGUUUGCCAUUACCAUCCUUAUCGGAAGUAUUUUGGCAAAUACUGGUGUAUUUUAUUAUAGAGGAUUUUUCAAAUUAUUGGAUCCACCGGAUGCUCCAUACAAAUUGGGCCUACAAAAAGAUCCAUCGGGUCCACCACGAAUACACUGCUCCAAUUGGGCUUGCAGCACCGUAUUCCCAUUGGGCUGAGACUUUGAUUCUGGGCAUUCCAUCAUUUCUCGGCCCAGCAUUGGUUCCGGGGCAUGUUGUCACGUUCUGGUUGUGGUUCAUUUUGCGGCAAUUGGAGUCCAUUGAGACUCAUAGCGGGUACUUGUUGCCUUGGACACCAACAAAAUACAUCCCAUUUUAUGGUGGUGCAGAGUUCCACGACUACCACCACUUUGUUGGGGAGCAUAGUAAAAGCAACUUUGCAUCGAUUUUCACUUAUUGUGAUUACAUCUAUGGAACCAAUAAGGGAUAUCGAUCUCACAAGCAAGUCCUUGAGAAGGCAAAAAGUCUCUAAGACCCUUCUGCAUCAAAGUGAUUGUAAUUCUGUUUGUAAAAUAAAUGUUGGUGGUAUUUUGCCAUGAAACUUUUUACAUAUUAUAAGCUACAACAGUGGAGAUGUAACCUAUAUUUUAUAUCAAUAAAGCAUCUCUUUCUCU